AUGAGGAUGGCGGGCGCUGAAUACUCGACGGCGUCCUACAUCACCCACGUCCUCAAGGGCCUGCCACGCAGCUACAACCUCAUGAAGAGGUUUACGAUGGUGCCCGGCACACGUGAGUCCCUCGACAAGGACUCCCUCACCAGCUACAUCCUCCAGGAUGAGGCGAUGCAAGAGGCAGAGCAGCCCACGGAGUUCCUUCCGCAGGCGAGUUACGCUACACCGACGAAGCCGAAUCGUCAGCAGGAGCAGCGCGGGAAGCCGGGCGGAGGUGGUAGCGGAGGUGGGCGCGACAAGGACGACAACAAGGGAGGCCGUGGUCCAUCGGCCAGUCGUCGCCCCCGUCGAGAUGAGAAGCCGCGCAAGGAGAAGCAGGCGUUGAAGAAGACAUCGUCGACGAAGGACGUCGACACCUCUAGCGGAAAGAGCCGAGGCAACGGGGAGGCGUCAUGCUCGAUGGUCGGCGUGGUGGAGCCGACGGUCUCACUGGUGUCGGAGGCUGGCGAGGACUUCCAGGCUGUGGCGGCAGCUGUGCAGGCGAACCUGCUGUCUUUUGGCUAG